GAUCCGGUCGGCCGGGUUAAAAAUGGUUUCAGUGAGGACUUCCACCUUACUGAUCAAUCUUUUCAUUUUCUUUGCCAUUCUUAGCACACUUCUAGGAACUUUUCUGGCGUUGCCAUUUUUUAUAGCAGCUGUGGGAUGUCUAUUUUAUUUCCGCUUUGAUCAAGUGGAAAAAGAGGCGUCCGAUGAAAUCUUGGUAUCGAGAAAAGGCCCACAUAUCAUAGCUCACCGCGGCGCCAGUCUAGAUGCGCCUGAAAACACUAUCGAAGCAUUUAAACUGGCUUGUAAAAAUGGUGCAACUGCAGUCGAACUGGAUGUCGAAUUUACACGGGAUGGUGUGCCAGUAAUAUUACAUGACAGUACAGUUGACAGGACAACUAAUGGCACAGGAGAGAUCAGCAGCUUUACUCUGCCAGAGCUUAAGGUUCUUAGGGCAUCUGCUAUCCACAGCAGUAGAUUUCCUGAUGUCCGCAUACCCACCUUAGAGGAAGGUGUCAGACAAUGCUUGCACAUGGGAAUGAAGAUUUUCUUAGAUUGUAAAGGCAUCAAUGCCUCAAAAACUGCUGACACCAUUGCAAAUCUCUUCCAAAAGUAUCCAGACUUGUAUGGAAAUGCUGUUGUUUGUUCGUUCAACCCAUGGAUUAUUUUGAAGGUUCGCAGAAGAGAUCCCUUGAUCGUGACAGCUCUGACACAUCGUCACCAUUUUCUCUCUAUUAAGAGCCCAGGAUCAGAUGAACCACGAUUUGCUGAGCGAUGGAAACAGUUUUUGGCAGGUCCAUUGGAUAUGCUGUUAGAGUGGAGUCAUAAUUCCUGGCUUUGGUAUCUCUGUGGUAAUUCUGCUUUCCUGGCUCACAUUGACCAGGUGUCUGUGAACUAUGUGAAUGGCUGGCGUGCCCUGGGUGUCAGCGUUUUGGUGUGGACAGUGAAUGAGCCACACCAGAAGGAGAUGUGUCUGAAGUCUCUAGGCUGUCCCUAUCUCACUGAUACACUGACAGAUUCAACAACUAAACAACACUCCAAGAGGGAAUAACCAAAGGCGUGUGAGUUGAGGUACUGGUAGUUUGAUACCAUGUUAACAAGGGAGUAGGCAAGAUGUAGUGGAAAGUGUAGAUUAUUUUUCCUAAUUAUAGUAGAUGAUAAAGCCUGAAGACUGUACUAGUCAAGUGCUUCAGUGUGAUAUUACAUGCCAGAAACUAUGUUCUAGAGUAUUGUUGUCUUGUCUGAAUUUUUUCUUUAUAUUACCUAAAUUACCUCUUCUAAGUUAUGCUAACUUUAAACUUGUCUACUUCGUUGGUAAAUCUGGGCAUUGGGUGUAACAUACUGUGCUGCUUUUGUGUAGGUCUUUAUGGUGCCUUGUGGAACCCAGAUUCAUUCUGUUCAUGUGUAAUUUCCCUUGUAAAGCCAAGGUUCUUUCUGUUAUUGUGUUAGUGCCUUGUGGAACCUAGGUUCAUGUGGUAAUCUCUCAAAGAGACUUGUGGAACCCUGGUUCUUUUUGUUCAUGUUUAAUAGUCCCUUGUGGAACUGAGGUUCUUCAUGUUCAUUAGUUUGUCUCAUGGAGUCUUGUGAAGGUCUGAUUUAUGUGUUUAAUAGUCCCUAAUAGAAUCCAGAUUCUUUAUGUGCAUGUGUUUAAAAAUCCCUUGUGGAAUCCAGAUUCUUUCUGUUUAUUUGUUUAAUUGUACUUUGGAUUUUCAGGUUCUUUUUGUUCAUGUGUUUAAUAGUCUCUUGUGGAAUCCAAAUUCUGUUUAUGUGUUUAAUAGUACCUUGUGAUUUUCAUGCUUUUUCUGUUCAUGUAUUUAAUAUCUGUACCUCUUGGUGGAAUAGAGGUUCAUUGUGUUCAUUUGUUAAAUAGUCUGUUGUGUAAUCCAGGUUCUCUCUGUUUAUGUGUCUAAUAGUCACUUUUGGAAUGCCGGUUCCUUGUGUUUAUGUGUUUAAUAGUCUCUUGUGGAACCAGAUUUUUUGUGUUCCAAGAGUUGAAUAGUCCCUUGUGGAAUACAGGUUCCUUGUGCCUUAUGGAACUCUGGUUCUAUCUGUUCCUGUGUUUAUGUGGAUGUCCACAUGUUAGUCCUUAGUAGUACAGCCAUGGUAAAUUCAGUUCAUGCAUUCAGGUAAGUCCCUUAUGGAAUCUUGAUUCUCUGUGUUCAUUUCCAAUUUUUUUUGUGUGUGAUAAACCCAUGAACAAACAUUUCGUUUCAGCCAUGUUGUGUGUUUUAUUGUUCUGCUGUGCUCUUUAUACAGUGCUACAUGUAUGACAUGGUUUUAAGUGUAGCUUGAACUACAUUUUGAAAGAAAUCUCCUAAAUAACCAUCUUGUUAUAUAUAAUGCAUAUAUGCGCUAGAUUUAUACAUGAACAAACGUUUGUGUAAUGUUUAUGGUGUGCAUUUGAGCCAGUUUUGUUGUAUAUACAGAAAUGUUCAGUACGUGUUUGUUCAGCAAUCUCUGCGAUUUGUUUAAGCAUAUGUUGCAUUAUCUUGGGACUAUCAGUCACUUUAUUGAUUUAUUUGUGAUAUUAAAAUACUGGGUGAUAGAUCUUUCCUGUGACUAACUUGAUGGUAUUAUUGAUGUUAUUAAGAGGGUAGCAAACAUAAGCACUACAUGUUUACAGCAGAGGUGAUCCCGCUGAAGACAUUCUGUAAGAAAAUGAGCAUUUUGUGAACCCAGCAUGUGCAUGUAUGUGCCAGGGCUAAUAUGUGCUUAUUACAUACUGGUACUGUCCAUCACAUUUUGUGCUGGGUUUCAUGUAUAAAUGUAUGUAUAACAUACAUAUCUACUAUAUACAUCUCUAUUUGGUUGUACAUUGGCCAGAAAAAAUAAAAUUCAGUUAGCAUUUUUGUCAAAUCUUUUCACAUUUCACUUGUGUCCGAGGAUGUUUCAAUAUUAAACUACUGACCAGGGUUUUAAUCUUUACAUGACAUUAGAUAAUGUGAUGCAGAUUCAUUGUGGACCAUUUCUCCUCUAUGCAGGGUGUACAUCGUAUAUCCUGAAAUGGGAAUUUACUACAUCAUCACACACAUGCCUUAGACAUAUAAUCUUCUGUUAAAGGCAGUGGCAGCAAAAAUACAAAGUUGACAUCAGCUGAAAGACCAUUUCAUUUCAAAUAUGUUUUUCAUUAUGUUUUAUUCUUAAAAUGUAGAAAUGUAGCAGUAACAAGCAUUUUAGGUGUUUCAAAGUGAAGUGAUGUCAGUGAGACCUGUUUAGGUAGUAUGGCCCUAUAUGUCCACCUGGAUUACUUGAUAUUUACUCAAACUGAAAUGAAAAUGUUUAAAGAUAUUGUUUGAAUCAGAAUGAAUUGUCUGAUAUUGCAUUACAGAUUUUGUCAGCUUUGUAUUUUUGCUGUUAUUUCCAUUAAGGUGUGAAGUCAGAAGAAGCUUGUUGACAGUCUUGAUUUUUUCUUUUUACCUGGACGAUUUAAUGUAGAAUUUCCUCAUGAGGAUGAUCAUUAUUUUCGACAUCAGAUCAUUUUAUAUUAUGUUUAACCCUAAUUGUGAUGAAAUGUUUGAAAUUUUAUUUUUUAAUCUAACCAAAUGUGAUGAUGCUUUACCUCAACUUUUUUGUUUAGUACAUUGAAUUUCUUGCCGUUUGCACCGUAAAACACUAAAAGUCUGUAUUCACAGUUGUAAAAUCAAUACAGCUUUGUGUUUA